ACCAGAGAGCCAAAUGAAGCUUGUGCCUACACACGAUUGGCCUGGGCUCGCCAGAAACGGUGGAAGUGACCUUUGCGGGUGCACCAACCGGGACUAAAGAUGUUUUUGUCCCGGAAGCUGAUUGGGCCGAGAUUAUUAUUCGUUUUGGCCAAGUGACCAAAGACCUGUUUUGUAGUAGUGGUGUGUAGUAGUGGUGGUCCAGUUAAACAAAACAUCUUUACCUGCAUGCCCAGGACCCACCCCCUUGUUCAGACAAACAAACAAGCCCUAUAUCACCCUCCUGCACCUGUGGACUCCUGAUGAGCUGAGCAUGCAUCCUCCAUGCACAUUCCUCUUGUUGAGGAGCUGAGGUUAGCAUCACCAAUGGAUUCCUCUCUUAUCCUAGCGCUGAUACUCGCCGUCGCUUUGGCCCUGCUCCUCCAUCUCCUAACGAGUGCAAAUAAUAAGCCACGGCGGGCCAAGCAGGUGCCCCCGGGCUCCCUGGGCCUGCCGGUGAUCGGCCAGAGCCUGAGCCUUCUCCGCGCCAUGCGCGCCAACUCCGGCGAGCGGUGGAUCCAGGACCGGAUCCACCGGUACGGCCCGGUGUCCAAGCUAUCGCUGUUCGGUGCGCCGACGGUGCUCCUUGCGGGGCCCGCCGCCAACAAGUUCACCUUCUUCAGCAGGGCCCUAGCGAUGCAGCAGCCCCGGUCGGUGCAGAGGAUCCUCGGGGAGAAGAGCAUCCUGGAGCUCGUCGGCGCCGACCACAAGCGGAUCCGCGGCGCGCUGGCCGAGUUCCUCAAGCCGGACAUGCUGAGGCUGUACGUGGGCAAGAUCGACGGCGAGGUGCGGCGCCACCUCGACGAGCGCUGGGCCGGCCGCACCACCGUCACGGUGAUGCCGCUCAUGAAGCGGCUCACGUUCGACAUCAUCUCCCUGCUGCUCUUCGGCCUCCAGCGGGGCGCCCCGCUCCAGGACGCGCUCGCCGCCGACUUCGCGCGCGUCAUGGAUGGCAUCUGGGCCGUCCCGGUGAACCUGCCCUUCACGGCCUUCAGCCGGAGCCUCAGGGCCAGCGCCAGGGCUCGCCGGCUCAUCGCCGGGAUCCUGCGGGAGACCAGGGCCAAGCUGGAAACCGGCGAGGCCUCCCGGAGCAGCGACCUCAUCGCGUGCCUGCUCAGCCUGACCGACCACCACAGCGGCGCGCCGCUGCUGAGCGACAAGGAGAUCGUCGACAACUCCGUCGUCGCCCUCGUCGCCGGCCACGACACGUCGUCCAUCCUCAUGACGUUCAUGGUCCGCCAGCUCGCCAACGACCCGGACACCCUCGCCGCCAUGGUCCAAGGUGACGGCCGGUGUCGACGGCUCGAUCGCGACGCAGAGCACGACGACAUCGCAAAGAGCAAGGGCGACGGCGAGGCCCUGGACUGGGAGGACCUGGCGAAGAUGAAGUACACGUGGCGCGUCGCGCUGGAGACGCUUCGCCUGGUGCCUCCCAUGUUCGGCGACUUCCGGCGAGCGUUACAGGACGUCGAGUUCGACGGCUACCUGAUCCCGAAAGGAUGGCAGGUGUUCUGGGUGGCGAGCGUGACGCACAUGGACCCGGGCAUCUUCCCGGAGCCGGCCAGGUUUGAGCCGUCUCGGUUCGAGAACCAAUCGCCGCCGUGCUCGUUCGUCGCGUUCGGCGGGGGUCCGAGGAUCUGCGUCGGCAUGGAGUUCGCCAGGAUCGAGACGCUGGUGACGAUGCAUUACCUCGUCAGGCGAUUUAGGUGGAAACUCUGCUGCAAGAAGGACACGUAUGCCAGGGACCCCAUGCCAUUGCCGCUGCACGGACUGCCCAUACAACUUGAGCACAAGGUAUCGCCAUGUGUCAUGUGAUUAUUCUCUCGUACGUAGCAGAUCAGAUCCGCAUAUAUAUAACUACUGUGGUACGCUAUAGCAAUCAAAUCAGUGAGUUCAACAGUGUACAAAAAUAGUUUUUUCUUUUCUUGUGGCGUCUAUGCUGUACAAUUCAAUAAUUGAUGGGCAUCAUCACCGCUAUAAUUAAUCUUGUUUGGUACA